UAACAUUAUGCUGAAUCAAGAACUACAAGAACUGAGAAAAGUAUUACAGGAUGUCUCCAACACACUGGAAAAGUUUGGAUCUCAGAAGACAAGCAUCGGAGCCAAUGAUCGCUUCCAGGAUGUGAUGGGACACUUUAUAUCACAGGCGUCAGAUGAGAUCCAGGGUCUGUUCCGUCUCCAAGCUAAUACCAUGGAGGAAUUCCAGGCCAUGGUUCAGUUCUUUGGGGAAGACUCCAAGAAAUCAACAACGGAAAUAUUUGGGAUCUUCUCGGAGUUCAUCACAAAGUUUGAAAGAGGACAUCGUCACAACAUGGUGUAUAAACGGCGCUAACAUCAAACAUCAAGUCACUGAAAGUGCAAUAAAGGCAGCUACAAAUUAAAUUUCCUCUCCAUUUACUUACUAUAUGUACUUUUGUUUCCAUCGUUGUGACACAGGACAGUUUCAUCAUUACAAUCUUUGGACCAGUUAUUUGUUUGUAUCAUGUGAACUAUAUAUCUUCCUUUGUAAUGUGUAAUUAUGGGAACUACAGUGCCUUCAGGAUAGAGAAUGUUUCUGACGACAAAGAAUACUUUAUCAGAAUCAUGUCACAGAUGAAGACAUGAAUUGUCACUGCUUAUAGAUAACAACAACUGUGUCACUGAUAUCAUACAACAACUGUGUC